AUGACGGUCCAAACUGAGGAUAAGCUGGAGAAGCCAUGCGUCGCGGAAGCGUCCAAAGAGGAGACGCUGAAACCGAAGGACAUGGACAGAUCCACUUCAGACGAUGAUGAAGAAGAUGUUGAUGGACAUGAGCAUAAGGGCAUCAGCUUAGAUGAUCUCAGCGAUGACUGGGUCGAAGCUCAAAUGAAGGAUGUUACAGUGGCAGUCAUCGGCAAUGUGGAUAGCGGGAAGUCGACAUUGGUUGGAGUUCUCACCAAAGGUGGAUUGGAUGAUGGAAGGGGCCUGGCACGGGCCAAGGUGUUUAAUUUCUCGCACGAAGCGGCCAACGGCAGAACCAGUAGUAUCGCACAGGAGAUUAUGGGCUUCUCGCCAACGGGCGAGCAGGUGCUCAUUGACAGAAUGGGUACUUCCACGGCCAGUUCUCGAAAUCAGACUUGGCAACAGGUGGUAAGCCAAUCGGAAAGACUGGUGACCUUCAGCGACCUCUGUGGCCAUGAAAAGUACCUCAAGACUACCAUCUUUGGAUUGGUGGGGCAGUGCCCGGAUUACACCAUGAUCAUAGUGAAUGCCAAUGCCGGCUUCCAGCGCAUGUCGCGAGAGCACUUGGGAAUUGCUCUUGCCUUGCGCAUUCCGUUCUUCAUCGUCAUAACGAAGAUUGACAUCGCACCCCAGAAUGUGUUCGACGAGAACCUGGCCCAGCUCCACAAAAUCGUCAAGUCAAAUGCAGUGAAGCGGCAGCCUCUUGUGGUGACAAGCGAUGACCACUUGGAGCAAGCAGCCUCCGGCAUCUACGGCAAGCAGGUGUGUCCAAUGUUCUGCAUUUCCAACGUCACGGGAGAGGGUCUUCCCCUGCUGCGGUCUUUCCUGCAGCGGCUGCCGUCAAGGCUGCAGGACAGCGGUCUCUUCAAACCACCAAGCAGUCCAGCUGAGUUUCACAUCGACUCCAUCUAUGUAGUGCCUGGCGUUGGUCUGGUCGUUGGUGGUGUAGUUCGAUCAGGUCGUAUAUGCCCUGGACAGCAUCUGCUUCUGGGUCCAGACAAAGUGAGCCAGUUCAAGCCGGUAAUGGCACUGCAGCUUCGCUCUUCGUUCUCUGGUGAAGAGGGAGACGCUGAAGAAGAGCAUGUUCAGAAAAGGCAUGGUGAUGCUCGGCCCGGAGCUUCAACCGAGGGCCAUUUGCUGUGGAGCGUCCCCGCCAGCUCCUCCGCUCCUCUGCUCCUCUCCGCUCUCGCCAUGGUCAUCAAGACAGACCUCUGCAACUACACGGAGUACAGGAUCUACCCCGGCCAUGGUCAAAAGUUCGUGGCAAAGGAUGCAAAGGUGAAUUUCUUCAUCUCAGCCAAGGCAGACUCCUUGUACCACCAGCGCAUCAAGCCGGUGAAGCUCCGCUGGACUCAAGCCUGGCGUCGGCAGAACAAGAAGGGGAAGGUCGAGGAGGGCGGCAAGAAGAAAGCCCGGAAGGCGCAGAAGUUUCAGAAAGCAAUUGUGGGCAUGUCCUUGGAUGAUCUCAAGAAGAAGAAAGCCAUGAGGCCCGAGCUUCGCCAGGCACGGGAGCAGGCCGCAAAGGAGGCCAAGGCCAAGCAGCAGGCAGACAAGAAGAAGGCAGCUUCCAGCAAGCCGGCAGUUCCCAAGGGGAAAGCCGACAAGGGUGCGAAGUUGCCGAAGGGUGGAGGUGCACCAGCUGGCGGUUCCAAGAACUUCAAGGGCAAAAAGUGA